GUCAUUUCCUGUGGCUGUUGUUGUGUCUUGUUGCUGCUGUCAGGACGCUGCAGGUGUCUGAAGCUGUAAACAGUUGUGGGAGAUGGCUGCAAAUGGAGCACAAUGUGAACAGCCACAGAAAAGACUAGGACCUAAAGACAAGCAGAAUGGCAGUUCUACAGAUUCAUCUCUUCGAGACAGAAAGCAGCAGGACAGAGAAGAGCGUCUGUCUUUAGUUCUGUGGAAGAGGCCUUUUAUCACAUUACAGUUUUUCUUCCUAGAAACCCUCAUUACCCUAAAGGAAUGGACGUGGAAGCUUUGGGAGAGAAGAGGUGUGGUAUUUCUGACCCUUGUCCUUUUUUCCCUUUUCUCAUUGGCUUACUCAAUAGAAGGAGAACAUCAGAAGUAUGUACAGUACCUGGAGAACAAGUUCUUGUGGUGUGCCUAUUGGGUUGGCCUGGGGAUUUUGUCUUCAGUUGGUCUUGGCACUGGACUGCACACUUUCCUCUUGUACCUGGGUCCACACAUAGCCUCUGUCACCCUGGCUGCAUAUGAAUGUGGCUCUGUGAACUUUCCAGAGCCGCCCUACCCAGCUCAAAUAGUGUGUCCAGAGGAGGAAGUCCUGCAGGAGAGCAUCUCACUGUGGACCAUCAUGUCAAAGGUUCGCCUGGAGGCCUGCAUGUGGGGUGCAGGUACAGCCAUUGGAGAGCUGCCUCCUUACUUCAUGGCACGGGCGGCACGGCUCUCUGGAGCAGAUCCUGAUGAUGAAGAUUAUGAGGAAUUUGAAGAGAUGCUGGAGCAAGCACAGAGCGCUCAGGAUUUUGUAUCAAGAGCAAAACUUGCUGUCCAAAACAUGGUUCAAAAAGUGGGAUUUUUUGGAAUUCUAGCCUGUGCAUCUAUCCCAAAUCCCUUGUUUGACCUGGCUGGAAUCACAUGUGGUCAUUUUCUGAUUCCGUUUUGGACCUUCUUUGGAGCAACUCUCAUUGGAAAGGCCAUUAUUAAGAUGCACAUUCAGAAACUGUUUGUUAUCAUAACUUUCAGCAAGCACAUAGUGGAGCAGAUGGUCUCUCUGAUCGGUGUUAUCCCUGGAGUCGGAGCAUCCCUUCAGAAACCUUUUAGGGAGUACUUGGAGGCCCAGAGAGCCAAGCUUCAUAACCCAGCGGGCAAUGGCACUGCAGCGGGUGAAAGCUGGCUCUCGUGGGUAUUUGAGAAAGUCGUGCUUGUCAUGGUGUGCUAUUUUAUUCUGUCCAUCAUUAACUCCAUGGCACAGAGCUAUGCCAAGCGUCUCCAGCAGAAGAAGUACUCUGAGGGGAAAAUGAAAUGACGGACUCACAGAAAAAAAUCUCAUGCUCUGUUUUGGAACUUACAGAAUAUUUAAGAUAAAACUGCAACAUGGGCACUGAUUUCUAUGUGCUUCUGUAUGUUAAUGUCCAUUCAGAUCCUUUAGUUAUGUAAAGUUCCUCUUCAUUUGUUUGUAGUGUGCUCGGCUAUUUAAAAUCAGAUUUAACAUUAGAGAUUUUUGUCUUUACAGAAACUAAGCAGUCUAGCUAAAAGGCUGUGUGGAGUCAUAAUUGUUGCAAUGCCUUAUGCAACAUUGGAGGUCAUGCUUCCAUUGAAGUGAAUACAGUUCUUAAUCAAUCGAUUUAUUUAUUUAUUUUCUAACAUACAGGUAUGGAUGAGUUUUGUGAGGUUUUGUGAUUGGAAUUUUCAGGGAUAGAUUUUUUUUUUUAAUCAAUAUGAUGCCAUUUUGUAUUUCUUUUAACUGUUCUAAAAGGAUAGCAAUAUCAAUUGACUCAUUGUGGUUUCUAAAUAGUUUGCACAUCUUGUAAAUAACAAUUGUAUUGACUAUACGCACACAAUAUUCUCCAGAGAUCUUAAACCAAAAUGACACUAACUAAAAUGAACAAAUAAUCUUGCAUUUUGUAAAUCCAUUUCUUGCAUCUUGUGAAUUUCAAACUUUGACAUUUGAUCUAAAACCAAGUUAUCCAUACUUUUUUCUUAGUUUGGACUUAAAUGUUUGUGUUACCAACAAUAAUUUCUCUGAGAACUAUUGUUGCAUAAUUUGUUUGACAUUAAAUUGAUUAAUACAU